AUGGCAAGGUGCCGCUCGCGGUGGGGAUGGAGGCGGCUCGAGCGCGGCGGCGGACGAAGGGACCACGCUGGGCUGCUAGAGCUCGUCCGUGCAAAGGGGCCACCGCGUGCUCUCGAGCAGGGACGAGCAGUCGUGCGGGAUGAGCUAUGGGAGGAUGAGCAGGGGCUCACGGGGGAGCCAUGGGAAGGGAUCUUCUCUAGGCUAUCAAACCGAGUCGACGUCGGGGAACAUGGAGGAUCAAGAGACAUAUCCUUUGGACUCCCCAUGGCGAAGGAUGCACCGGAGAACUUGCAGAGUGACCUUAAAGGCUUGGAGGAUAAACUUCUGGAAGCAUAUGAUCUCAUUGACCGAGCAGAGUGGAGGAGCCAUAAGAACAGUGUGGCAAAGCUCCUUCCAAUACUGAAGGAUCUAACGUAUGAUGCAGAGGACCUUCUAGACGAGUUCAGAUGGUACGAUAUGAAGGUCAGAGUAGAAGGGGAAGCUAUCCAGCUAUCUCCUUUCGUUGAAUUCUUUCAUAGCAUUGUCCAUGGCAGCUUCAACAAAGUGACUGAUAUCCAGAAAAGGAUAGGUAAUGUUUCUAGCCUCCUUGAGAGGGUGGGCCGCUUGCAUGAGUUAACUCCACGGUUUGAUAAAACCCUCAGGCCAGUGACCACUUCUUUCCGCACUGAGCGAAAGAUAUUUGGCCGUCAGAAGGAAUUGAAGGAAGUCAUCAGAUUGCUUGGUGUACCGAACCACAGUAGCAGUUCUUCUGCCAAACGGAAGAGAACUUCUAAUGCAGCCAAUAAUAAGCUAACGAUAUCAUCUGUUCAUGUUUUGCCAAUAGUUGGGAUCGGGGGUGUUGGAAAAACUACUUUGGCCCAAGAGAUCACCACAAAUCAAAGGGUCAAAUCCCACUUUGACAAAAUCAUUUGGAUUUGUGUCUCGGAUGAAUUUGAUGAGGAGAGGUUUACUAAAAUUCUCAUAAAAUCUCUAUCUGGCAGAGAGCCAACGUCUGAUAACUUAGAUGAUCUUCAACAACAUCUUGUGAAAAAUGUUGGCAAGAAAAGGUUCUUGCUCAUCCUUGAUGACAUUUGGCCUGCUGGCUUGGAGGAUGGGCAGCGCUGGAAGAAAUUUUGCGUGCCUCUCGAAAAUGUACUUCAAGGAAGUAUGUUGUUGGUGACUACUAGGUUUGCAGAGGUUGCUGAUACAGUAGGCACAAUGAAGUCCUUUGCAUUGGAAGGCUUGGAAGAUGGUGUAUUUUGGAAUUUUUUCAAACUAUGUGUGUUUGGGGCAGAGGAUUCAGAAAUUGAUCCAGAGUUAGAGCAGAUUGGUAGAAGCAUACUUCCAAAGCUGAAGGGCACUCCUCUGGCUGCUAAAACAAUCGGAAGGCUUUUACGAAAGAGCCUUAACACUGCACAUUGGAAUAAUAUACUGAACAAUGAAUUGUGGCAGAUUGAUCAAAAGGAGACUGACAUUUUGCCAGCUCUUCGGCUGAGUUACAUGUAUUUACCAUUCCAUUUGAAGAGAUGCUUCUCAUUCUGUGCUGUAUACCCCAAAGAUUAUAACUUUGACAAGGACAGUCUAGCUGAGAUCUGGGUGGCAGAAGGAUUUGUUGAGCCUCAAGGUAGCAUUCCACUUCAACAUAUUGGUUAUGGGUACUUUGAAGACCUCGUGAAUUUGUCUUUCUUCCAGGAACACCGUGGUCAUUAUGUUAUACAUGACUUGAUGCAUGACAUGGCCCAGCUGGUUUCAAAGGAGGAAUGCUUCAUUUUAAAGAAUGAGAGUGACUUAAAAAAUGUUCCAGAAAAUGUUCGCCAUCUAUUAAUACUUAAGAGCAGUAUCAAGUCAUCAGGCUUACGGAUCUUAUGCAAGUACAAAAAGCUGCGCACCCUACUUUGUGACAAGGGUCUCAUGGGUAACACUCCAGAUUCAAUGAUUGAGCAGUGGUUUAGUGAGCUUCGGAGCCUGCGUGUCAUUCGUUGUGCCUCCAUUAAGGAAUUACCGGAGAGUAUACGAAAUCUGAAGCAUCUACGGCAAUGCGAAUUUGAAAUAUUGCCUAGUGGUUUCAGUAAGCUAAUCAGUCUGCAGAAGUUUGAAUCAACUGUUCGUGGAAUGGAAGUUGAUGCUGCAAAGUGGGAAGAGGGAAUUCGAUGUUCAGAGCACAAUGAAAUAGAAGUAUGCCAAGCUCUACAUCCUCCUGUCAGCGUCAAGUCUGUGCACCUAGAUGGUUAUCCAGGGAAACAUCUUCCUAGCUGGUUUCCUGGUUCUUCUGGACCCGAGGACAUGUCAUUUCCAGACAUACCUGCUGUUACAGUUGACAACAACAAUGGUGCAGUUUUCUCAUCACUAACAGAGAAGUUGGAAACUCUUGAUGACCUCCUAACACAGGAAUACCUCCCAGCCAUCAAAAAAAUUAGUUUUGUGGAUUGCUGCCUGCAGGACCUCACAUCCCUCGAAACACUAGACAUGCGUUCAUGUAAAGGCAUAGUAUCUGUUCCAGGCGACCUGUGGGGUAAUCUCAAAUCACUUCAGACGUUAAUGAUUCGUAAUUUUCCAGACCUUGUAUCGAUUGGUGGACCAACAGCAAUUGCAAACAUAAAUGAAGUACUCAUUGACCACUGCUGGAAGUUGAAGGAAAUAGAGCAGCCCCUACGCAGAGGUUUUCGGUAA